AUGUGUCGACAUCACGGCAUUAUCCGCGAGUGUGGUCAUGAGAUUUGGUAUCAUGAAGGCUGCAAUGCAAAGCAAGGUGUACAAUAUGCAGAGCCCGAGAAGGUCCGUCUAACUGUAGACUUUUUCUGUUACUCCUGUCUCGCCAACCCAGAUAGGUAUGUGGUGCCUUCACAAUAUCUGCGCAAAGAGAAUCUCACAAACGGCAAGGCAUUGUCAAAGUCGACUUUGCGUGAUGCUAAGACCUUUUUGGACGCCCCUACGAGGCCUGGACAGCCAAAAUGGGCUAUAAGUCAAGGAGAAUUUGACCGAGUCUUACUCACUCGUUCAAAUUUACAGGCACUUCUCAUUAGAGAUAUGUCCAACUCCAUCAUCGAGACUGGAGACAUUUGGCCGUUUGAGGAUUUCGAGCUUCCUGAAUAUGCUCAAUUACUAUCUCAGCUUAAUAAAGUAGUAGAGCCUAGCUUGCUGUUCCGUAAUGACUACUUUGGUUUGUUUAGAAAGACUAAGGAGCCUCAAAGACUUGAGGCCUCGAAAAAAGGCUCUAAUCUAUUGAAUUUGUCGGUGUUGGUUUAUUCAAAACCGAACAGAAAUAGACUCGAGAGCAGGAUAUGA